AUGGCCAGAUUCACUCAGACUGAAACAAGAAGGCAGAAUCCUCCUCCUCCUCCUCUUCCUCCUCCUCCUCCUCCUCAGCAGCAUCCUGCUCCACACUCCUCCAGCCUGCUCCUCAGCGGACCGAGCCCGGCACCACUGCUCCUGCUCCCGCACCACCAGUCCCAGUACCACCACCAGUACGUCCAGAUCCCACUGCCCAAACCCAUGAACGGCUCGGAACCCAUUUCACUUCAUCCGGAGAGCGGCGCCAUGAAGGACCAGGAUGCCAUUAAGCUGUUUAUCGGGCAGAUUCCGCGCAACUUGGAGGAGAAGGACCUGAAGCCCCUCUUUGAACAGUUUGGGAAGAUCCACGAACUGACAGUUCUCAAGGACCGCUACACCGGCAUGCAUAAAGGUUGUGCGUUCCUCACCUACUGCGCCCGAGAGUCCGCCAUCAAAGCCCAGAAUGCCCUCCACGAACAGAAAACACUGCCAGGGAUGACUCGCCCGAUCCAGGUGAAACCGGCCGACAGCGAGAGCCGUGGAGAAGACAGGAAGUUGUUCGUGGGGAUGCUCAACAAGCAACAGACAGAGGAAGACGUCUACCGCCUAUUCGAACCCUACGGAGUCAUCGAGGAGUGCACGGUCCUAAGAGGUCCUGACGGCAACAGCAAAGGUUGCGCCUUUGUCAAGUUCUCCACACAUACCGAGGCUCAGUCAGCAAUUGGUGCCCUACACGGAAGUCAGACAAUGCCAGGUGCCUCCUCCAGCCUGGUGGUCAAGUUCGCCGACACAGACAAGGAGCGCACCAUCAGACGCAUGCAGCAGAUGGUCGGCCAGUUUGGCAUCUUCAACCCCGCCAUCGCCCUUCCCUUCAGCACCUACAGCUCUUACGCACAUGCGCUCAUGCAGCAGCAGGCAGCCAUCAUGGCAGCGAGCCACGGCGGUUACCUGACGCCGAGCGUGGCCGCCUUCCCUGCCACGCAGAUCCACCAGAUGGGGGCGCUCAACAUCAACAGCCUGCCACCCACUCCCAUGACCCCGGUGUCGGGUGAGUUUCAUCAAGCCUUGGGUCUAAGUUCUCCACCAGCCAACAUCACCACCUCCGCCGUGCCCAGCAUCGUCACGCCCAUCGUCAACGGAUUCACCGGCAUCCCUCAUCAGCCCAACGGACACCCCGCCGUGGAGACGGUCUACACCAACGGCCUGCCGCCUUACUCCACCCAGAGUCCCACUGCCGCCGACACCCUGCAGCAAGCCUUCACCGGAGUACAGCAAUACACAGCAAUCUACCCGGCCACCACGCUGACUCCCAUUGGCCAGACGCUGCCCCAGGCGCCCCAGGUCAUCCAGCAGCAGCAACAGCAGCAGAGAGAAGGUCCGGAGGGCUGCAACCUGUUCAUCUACCACCUGCCACAGGAGUUUGGAGACAAUGAACUCAUGCAGAUGUUUCUGCCCUUCGGCACCGUCAUCUCAUCUAAGGUCUUCAUGGACCGGGCGACCAAUCAGAGCAAGUGUUUUGGCUUUGUGAGCUUCGACAACCCCGCCAGCGCCCAGGCAGCUAUCCAGGCCAUGAACGGCUUUCAGAUUGGCAUGAAGAGGUUGAAAGUCCAGCUAAAGAGACCGAAGGAUGCCAGUCGCCCUUACUGACACAGCCUACCUUUAGUAUUCACCGCAGCAGCAACAGCAGCAGCACAGGUAUUAGAUGACACGUGAAGAUAUUUUGGAGGGGCUUAUCUCUUCUUUUUUUUCUCCUCGGAAAGCAACAGAUGUUCUUAAAAAAAAAAAAAAAGAAAUAAUGAACACGGAAGGAUUUUUUUCGGGGAUGGGGGAGACAUAUCAGCAUUUACUUAUAAAGACGUAAGUUGCGUCCAAACGAGACGAGGAGGCGCGUCGUCGGGGGACGCUAACAGAUGGCACACUGCGAGAAAGGAAAGCAAGAAAAAAACAAACGAAUCAAAAAAAAAAAAAAAAGACUCGAUCAACAGAACUUUUUUUUCUUGUUGAGACUUGAAUUGUUAACGAAGCAACAAACUAACAGACAGGAAAAAGCAGCAACGACAAAUAGAUUUCUAUAUACAUAUUCUAUACACAUAUAUAUAAAUGAGAGAUGCGCUUGUGGCUUUUACUGCUCCUUGGACAAAUGAGGGUUCACAAAAGGCCAAGACGGGAGGCGGAAAGGCCGUCUUUCUUUUCUUCUCCCUCUUUUUCUCGUGUCGUCUCGCAGCAAGCGCAGCGCCACCAGCCCCGGAGGAGCUCACUGAGGUUUCCGUUAGCGACAGUACAACUGAGAAUCUUUCACCCCGAAAAGGGACCAAAGGACCAAACACAUUUGUAUUGUUCUGAAACAGUAACGCUUAUUAUGAAUUCAUGAGACUACAGUACUACUAAUGAUAUUUAAGGAGUAAACUCGCUUCAGGUUGAAAGAAAGAGAAAAAAAAAGAGGAAUGUUUUUUGUAACUAAUGGGUUUGGGAAUAUUAAAAAGAAAAUGAAAAAUAGAAAAAAAAAAAAGCUAUACUAUUUUAGUGGUGUAUACUAUGUGGGUUGGAUAUUGUUACGGGCACAUGUUCAUCUUCAUCGUUCAUUUCAUAGAAUCAUGAAAAUCACAAAUGAGCUGCCAGAUUGAGGAAAACAUUUUGCAGAUGCGAAUCUGAAAUUUUCAAGCUGCUGUGUAAAUACUUGUCUGGAAAACCAACUAAAGUAGUAGUUCUCUAACAUUUUACUCCAAGCACCCCCCCCAAAAAAAUAAUCAAUCGCCCAUGCACCACCAAAAUGUUCAACAAAAAAAAGAAAAACAGAAUGGUGGCUACUCUUUGACUUCCUCAGUGCUUUUUUAUCUUCCUUCAUAUUGUCCUUCCUUCAUAUUUAACUUCCUUCCUUCCUUCCUUCCUUCCUUCCUUCCUUCCUUCCUUCCUUCCUUCCUUCCUUCCUUCCUUCCUUCCUUCCUUCCUUCCUUCCUUCCUGCCUUCCUUCCUUCCUGCCUUCCUUCCUGCCUUCCUGCCUUCCUUCCUUCCUUCAUCCCUACCUCCCUUCCUUUCUCUCUUUUUUUCUCUCUUCCUUCCUCUCUUCCUUCCUUCCAUUGCAUCAUUAAAGUCAUUAUAUUCCAAAUAAUCUGACGUUAAAGCAGAGUGCUAAAAGUGCCAUGCGGUUGAGCCUCACGUGCAGCGCAGUAAAAUUGCACAGCGUCUGUAACGGCUUCAUAAAAUAUACAAAUGAGGCUGACAAUGGUUGUAAACAUCAUCGCCACCGUCGGCCAAGGCAACGUCUGCACGGGUCGCGCCCUCUCCCGCUGCCAAGCCUCUCCAGCUGCUCGCAGCGGGGAGAACGUCCUCCCCUGUCGCCUCGCCUGCGGGUGCCAGCAUAUCUCUCUCUCUUAAUAGGAGCCAUCAGUUCCCGGGGCUGCAUAAUGAGGAU